ACCAGCGUGGUCACGGUAGUGUAGGGCCUGUAGGGUUGUUGUUGCUCCGUUUGCUCCAAAGCUCCGCCGCCUCUCAACAGACGACCGACUGCAACGGACGGCAACAACUGAACCGUUAUAGCGCCAUCAGUAAUGGUAGUGGCCGCGCGUGAAGUUGCACCAAGUUCUACUGCGUCCAAGUAGUACACCUUACGAACGAGAAACGAAAAACAGAGAGAGAGAGAGAGAGAGAGAGAGAGAGAGAGAGAGAGAGAGAGCAGGAGCAGCGUGCGAGUGUAGUGCGCCGUCCCAGAGCCGGGCAAGGUCAACCGCAAGAAGGAGGUGGCUGGUUUUGACGCCGACAUUACCAUUUGUGGGCAUAAAUCGGGGCACCAAACCGGUGGCCACCAAUCGGUGGUGAGGUUCCGUAGGGGGAGGGUCCGUAGCGUGACAACAACGACAACACGCGCCCGCAGACUCUCCCGCGGUGGAAGGCGGCAUUGAUGUGUGUGCAUCGUGUGCGCGGCAUCGCGUGUUUUGUGUCGUAAUCAUUAAGAGUAGAAGAGAAGAUCAUCGAUCGUGCGUGAGUGUGUGUUGAGUGCAACCAUCAUGAGUGCAGUGGGUCCGGGGGAUGGUGAGGUGCCACCGCAGGUCACCAAACUGCACCGCACGAUCCGCUGUCCCGUGGGCGAGGAAUUCCGACUGGAAUGCGACGUUCGCGGAUCGCCCACGCCACGCGUCAGCUGGGAGAAGGACGGUGUGCGCGUAAUAACGGACGGCACAGCUGUUGGUGGUGGGCAGGGCAUCCGGGCCGUCUUCAGUGGCACGAGGGCUACGCUCAAGGUCGCGAGCGCACGGCGCGACCAGACGGGCUCGUAUCGAUGCGUGGCCGAGAACGCACACGGCACCGCAGCGGCCACCGUCCACGUAUUCGUCGUUGGUGAUCCACGAGAUGCGAACGGUCACACGAUGCUACCGACGACCGUGCUACCAGCUCCGAACGUGAAGCCCACCGGCGACGAGGCGCAGAGUAACAGUGGCACCGUGCCACUCAAGUUCAUCUACGUGCCGCAGAAGAUCGAAGCGUACGAGUACGAAACGGCCGUCUUUCAGUGCAUCAUCGAAGGUUUGCCGACACCCCGGAUGUCCUGGCAGCGGAACGGACGCCCCCUGAACCCGGGGCGCAAUAUCUCGAUCCAGAACAAGGGUUCACUGUGUACGAUGAAGCUCCAGAACGUGGCACCGAAGGAUGCCGGGCCGUACCAGCUGGUAAUCGAGAACGAUAACGGGCGAGUGGAUCGUACGAUCGAGCUGCUGGUGCUGGAGAAGAUCCGCACGAUCAAUCGCAUCAAGCGGAACAGCGUACCGGCCACGAACGGUAUCCGGAUCUAUCGCCACAUCAACGACUACGCGCCUCGGGUCGGCGAGUAUAUCCUGCUGAACGCCGAAUACUACGCACCGUCCAUACCGAGCGUUCGCUGUUUUCACAAUGGGCGCGAGGUGGACGAUGGUCGGAUUUUCCAUCGGAGCGUUAGCCAGCGGAAUCUGUCACUGAUCCUCGAAAAAGCGAAACCAUCCGAUUCGGGCACGUACACGUGCGUCCUGGAGACGAUCGACGGUUGCAUCAAGGUGAUGUCUGCGGAAAUCGACGUACACGAUCCGACGAAGCGGUCCGUACCGAUCGAUAAGAUGGCACGGGUGGUUCGCGAACUGCCGAAAGUAAUUACCGUGACGGAGGGCAACGAGGUGGAGCUGACGCUGGAGGUACACUGCACGGAGUUGUUCAAGUUUGUCUGGAAAAAGAAUGGCCGUUCGAUCAAGGAUUCGGUAGACUUUGCCUACAUCGACCAUGGCAACGGAGUGCUGGGAUUGCGCUUGAAGGAUCCUUUCCUCGAUGAUGCCGGACUGUACGAGUGUAUUAUGGAAACGGGAAAGCAGCAGCUAACGGCCACCUGCUAUCUGGAUGUGCUCGAACUCGAACCGGAACCGACGGAAAACGGUCAUCCACCCAUCCAGGGCACAGCGAUUGCCGCCGAAUUUCUACGCUUUCCUCUCUCACAGAUUGCCAUCGAGGGUGACAAGGUGGAGCUGUACGCUUGCAUCCAGCCAUCCGCAGACAUUCGGCUACGCUGGUACGUCCGUGGAAUGGAGAUAACCAGCGCCACCAAAGGAUUCUCGAUCGAAUCUCGUGACGAUGGCUACCACACUUUGCGGAUAUUCAACGCUGGCUACAAGCAGAGUGGUGAGGUAAAGUGUUCGCUGUUCCGGCCGACAACUGACUCCAGUGUGGCCGCGGCCGUCACCAGUGCGUACGCGGAUCUGUGCGUACUGCCCAAGGGGUACGCUAGUGCUGGCGAACGGAAGGAAAUCGAACGAUACAGUGGAGGAGGCCAGAAGCUUCGUUUCCUGCACGGUCUACAGGAUGAGGUAGUGCUCCAGGGGGAUGAUGUGAUCAUCGAGGCCUGCUUCCAGGGACAACCGUUGUCACAGUUACGCUGGAAACGAUCCGAUCGCUACAUCA